AUGACGUGGGCGCGCGUUGCCAUCGCGGCGGCGGCCCUCGCCGCGGGCUGCGGGGCGGCCACGGAGACGUCCGGCUCCUUCGACGACGUCCGGGCGCUCCUGGACGCCGGCGGCGACGUCGACUGGUACGUGAGCUCCCGCAUCGUCUUCCCCGAGGCGCUCGCCGUCUCGGCGCAAGCGCUGCGGGUCUUCGGGUCCGGCGGCGCCGCGCUCGACGGGGGCGGCGCGGCCCAGCUCUUCGCGGUCGACGGCGGGCACCUCGCCGUGUCCGGCGCCGCGCUCGAGCGCGCGCGCGCCGCGAGCGGCGGCGCCGCGGCCCUGGGAGGCAACUCCACGGCGACGUUCGCCGACUGCGCCUUCCGCGACGUCGCCGCGGACGGCUGGGGCGGCGCGGUCUUCGCCGACGGCGGCGCCGUCGUCGUCGCGAACUGCUCCUUCGCGCGGUGCGCCGCGAACCUCGGCGGCGCCGUCGCGCUCGCCGGCGGCGCGUCCGCGGCCAUCUCGGGCUCCCGCUUCUCCAACAACUCCGCCGCGUCCGCGGGCGGCGCGCUCGCGACGUCGCUCGCGGGGGCCGUGGCGGUCGACGCGACCGUCUUCGAGUCGAACGCCGCGAUGCUCGGCGGCGCGGUGUCCCUCGACCGGACGCCCAUCGACACGGUCGCCGCGAACUGCGCCUUCGCGGACAACUUCGCCUACUACGGCGGCGCCGUGGCCGUGGCCGUGUCGGGCACCUUCGCGGCGGCGGCGUCGACGUUCGACGGCAACGCCGCCGCGUUCGGGGCCGCGUUCGCGCUCUACGAGGCCGCCGCGGAGCCCGUCGUCACCGUGCGGCUCGACAACGACACGCGCGUGCGAAAUAACCGGGCCAGCCUCUGCGGCGGCGCCGCCAUGGUCAUCCAGCGCCUCGCGGGCACCGUCUUCGACGGCGGCGGCGCGGCCUUCGUCGACAACGGCUCCGACGGCGACGGCGGCGCGUUCUGCGUGCUCGGCGGCGCGGUCCACGACGGGACCAUCGCCAACGUGGCCAUCUCCGGCUCGAGCGCCGGCGCCAAGGGCGGCGCCGUCUUCGUCAACGACGACUCCGGCGUCUCCCUCGCGAACGUGACGUCCGACGGCAACGGCGCGCGCGACGGCGCGCUCGUCUACGUCUCCGCGCGGUCCGCGGUCGCCCUGGCCGGCGUCGUCUCUCGAAACGACGUCGCCGACGUCGCGGGCGUCGUCUACGUCGAGCGCGCGAGCGUCCUCGACGCCGACGACCUGCGCGUGUCGGACGCGACGACGGGCUCCGGCGCGGUCGUCGUCGACGAGGCGGAGCGCGUCGCCGUGCGGAACGCGACCUUCGCGCGCUGCACGCGCUCCGACCGGGGCCUCACGACGACGGCAGGCGCUAUCUACGGCGCCGUCUUCGACGUCUUCGACGCGGGCGACGUGAGCCUCCGCGACGUGUCCGUGUCCGAGAGCAGAGGCGGCCCCGCGUUCCGCGCGGCCGCGGCCGUCGUCGACCUCGACAACGUCGUCGUCGCGGACGCCCAGGGGGACACGGGCGCCGCCCUCUACCUCGCGGACCGGACCCGCGUGACCCUGCGCGGCUGCACCUUCGAGGACAACGCCGCCACCGUCCACGGCGGCGCGGCCGCGCUCUUCGGCGCGUCGAAGAUCGUGAGCCGCGGGGCCAACGGCUUCUGGGGCAACGACGCCGGCGGCCGCGGCGGCGCCUUCUACCUCGCCGAAGCCUCGGAGGUCAAGGCCCGCCACGACGCCGUCGCCGAGGCGCCGGCGCCGUCCAAGGGCCGGUCGCGCAACUCGGCCGGCCGCGGCGGCGACUUCGCGUGGGUCGACGCCACGACCGUCGGGAGCGUCGACGUGUUGCGCGCCUGGCCCGGCGGCAACGCCACGCGCGCCCUCGCCACGGGCGUCGCGUCCGUCGCGGCGACCUACGGGGGAACCUCGGAGAAGCCGGGCUGGCCCUUCGGAGCCUCCUUGACGUUAUCCUUCGUCGACCUCUUCGGCGAGCCCAUUUUAGGCGUCCAGGCCUACGCGGGCUUCACGACGGUCGGCAACGCGACGUUCGUGCAGUCGAACAAGCGCGUCCUCGGCGACGCGCCCUCGGUGUCCUGGUCCCCGUCGCAGGGCGACCAGAUGGCCGUCAUCGCGGAGUACGGGUCGCCGAGCGUCGCGCUCCGCGGCGAGCUCAUCGUCGACGACGCCGGCGACGCCUACGACUCCACGACGACGACGCUGACGGCGGACGUCGUCGUCGCCCUCGACCCCUGCUUCCCGGGCGAGACGCUCGUCGAGGCGAGCCAGCACUGCGAGCCGUGCGCGGCCGGGACCUACUGGCGCGGCGCGAGCCUCGGCGCCUGGGACGCGGGCGGCGCCUGCCACGAAUGCCCGAGGGGGUUCUAUUGCGAGGCGGAGGGCCUCGCGCUCGGCGAUCUGCGCGUCGAGAGCGGCUGGUUCCGCUUCGAGGCGAGCGCCGAGGUCGCCUACCGCUGCGCGAGCGGGCACGACGGCUGCGCGGGCGUCCGCAACGGCACGGGCGACGAGGCGCUCUGCGCGGACGGCUACGUCGGCGCCGUCUGCGGCGCCUGCGAGCGCAGGCACGUCGCGUCGGUGGACUCGCGCGCGCGCCUCGCGUGCGCCGGCUGCCGCCUGGACGUGUCCUGGGAGGUCGCCGUCGCGUUGUUCGGCGGCGCGUUCCUCGCCUUCCUCGGCGCGCUCCUCUGGCUCCUCCUCUCGCCGCGCGGCGAGGAGCUGCUCCUCCUCUUCUUCGACACGCGCGGCGGCGCGGCCGACGACGUCACGGGCAUGCUCCACCUGGACAAGAACACGCCCGCGCCGGCGAACGAGCACGACCGGAAGAAGCAGAAGUUCGCGGCGCUCGUCGUCAAGGCCAAGGCGCUGUCGUCCUUCUUCCAGCUCAUCGCGUCGUUCCAGGAGGCCUUCGGCAGCGGGCUCCAGUUCCCGAAGACGUACGCGUCCAUGCAGAACGCCUUCAGCUUCGCGACGCUGGGCUUCUUCGCCUACCUCCCCACGCGCUGCUUCUACGACUCGUCGCCGGCGGCCCACUACGUCCACGGCAUGCUCGGGGCGACGCUCUUCCCCGUGUUCCUGGCGCUCGUCAUCGUCGCCUGCGCGUACGUCAAGGGCUGGAGCGAGGAGCAGCGCAAGAAGCGGGGCCACUUCUUCUUCUCGGCCUUCCUGAUCAUGAUCCACCUCGCCCUGCCCAGCUGCGCCUUCACGGCGGUCCAGACCCUCGUCUGCGACGACUUCGACGCGGGCGACGACGGCGACGUCUACUUCCUGCGCGUCGCGCCGACGAUCUCCUGCGAGGGCUCCCUCUGGCGCGCCGUCAUCCGCCCCUACGGCAUCCUCAUGAUCUUCGUCUACCCCCUCGGCGUGCCGCUCAUGUACGCGAGCCUGCUGCUGCCGGCGCGCGAGGCGCUGAACCCGACGACCAAGGCCGAGGAGGAGCUCGACUCGACCUUCGACACGGACCUCGACAUGGACAAGCGCCAGAUGCUGCGCCUGUCGUCGAGCUUCCAGCGGCAGUGCUCGACCCUGCGCAUGGAGGCCUUCGAGAACGACGACCCCGACGGCAUCCUCGCCUUCAAGUUCCUCUGGAUCGACUACGAGCCGCGCUGCUUCUGGUGGGAGCUCGUCGAAGUGACGAAACGGGUCUUCUUCUGCGCGUUCCUCUCCAUCGUCCAGUACGGCUCGAAGCUGCAGAUCUUCGUCGCGCUGUGCGCCUCGAUCCUCUACGAGGCGAUGCUCCACCAAUUCGAGCCCUUCGUCUUCGACGAGGACGACGCGAUCGCGCUGACGGCCUGCUGGUCCAUCCUCGUGACGCUGCUGCUGUCGUGCAUGCUGCGCGUCGGCGUGCUGAGCCCCAGCGCGUGGUACGCGACGGCGCUGCUCAUCGGCGCCGCGCUCGCGCCCAUCUUCGUCGUCAUCUACGUCGUCCGCCGCGCCUACCGCGCGGCGGCGGCCGCGGCCGCGGACCCCAAGAUCGGCGACGCCAGCGCCGACGAGGCGAAGGACGAGGACCCCGCGCCGAACGCGGGGCCUCGCUUAUCCAGGGGGCCGCCGCCGCCGCCGCUCUACGAGGCGGCGUCGCCGCCGCCGUCGCCGCCGCUCUACGCGGAUACGAGCCUCGAGCUCGAGGCGCCGCAGGAGCCGGGCCUCCUCGCGCGCGCGGCCUUCUUCACCUGCGCCUGCGACGAUCGCCACAGGGAGCCCGCGGGGAUGAGCCCCCGUCCAGGGAGCCCGCUCGGGCGUCCUCUUUCGCCGCCCGUCAAAGGCCGCCAGGUCGCGAACGGAUUCGCGAUGAGACCCCUGGAAUUCCAGGGGCCGCCCUUCCUCGAAGCCCGUCCCGGGAGGCCCCUGGAAAGCCCGCCCGUCAGAGGCCGCACCAUCUUGACCGGAUUCCUCGACUUGAACCUCUCCAAGGGCGGGCGCGUGGACGUGACGGGCUACGACAAGAACGAGGGGCCGGGCGGCGGGGACAAGCCCCUCGCGCCCCGCGACUACUACACCAGCGGCGCCGCCAGCAGCAGCGCCAGCAGCAGCGCGACGCCGCGCGCCGCCGCCGCGAUCCGCACCGCGCCCUGUCCCAUCUGCGCGGCGACGGUCGACGUCGGGCUCAUGGGCCACCACAUCGACUCGAACUGCGUCGAGUUCUGCGGCCCGGCGAAGAAGAAGGCGCGCGCGUCGUCGUCGCCGGACGCGCCGGUGGUCUACACCAUCGGCCACGCGACGUUCGACGCGGCGGCGGUCUUCGGCGCGCUGAGCAGCGCGGGCGUCGGCACGCUCGUCGACGUGCGGUCGUCGCCCAACAGCGUCACGGUCACGGACGGAGUCGACAACUCGCACUGGCGGCGGAGCGCGCUGGAGAAGGCGGCGCCGCUCGCCUACGAGUGGCGCGGCGACGCCCUGGGCGGCCGCGGCGGCCGCGACGCGGCGGCCGAGGCCGCGGCGCUCGACGACGUCGCGAGCCGCGCGGCGCGGCGCGAGGCGCUCUGCCUGAUGUGCUGCGAGAAGCGGUACACGAACUGCCACCGCGAGGGGCUGGCGACGGCGCUCGUCGCGCGCGGCGUCCGCGUCGUCCACCUCCGCGCGGACGGAGACGCGGAGGCGCACCCGCGGCCGCUCGCGGCGCUGCGCGCGGCGCGCCACGAGGCGCUCGCCGGCCAGUACACGGUGGCGAACUUCCUCUCGGAGGCGGAGGAGGCGUCGCUGCUCGCGUUCCUCGACGGCGAGCCGGGCCACCCGUUCGUCCGCCGCGACUUCAACGGGCCCGCGCGCGGCAAGGCCUGGGGCGUGCGCACGGACCUGAAGCGGCGGACCUUCGCCGAGCCGGCGCGCGCCAUGCCGGACAUCUUCGCGCCGCUCGUGCGCCGCAUGCGGACGAUCCCGGAGCUCCGGUCGUUCCGCCCGAACGAGGCGAACGCGCUCGACUACCGGCGGAGCGAGGGCCACUACCUCGGCGCGCACUGCGACGACCGCCAGCUCUCCGGGCCCAUCCUCGUGAACCUCUGCCUCGCGGGCGACGCGACGAUGACCUACACGCGCGACCAGGCCGGCCGCGGGAGCGCGGGCGAGACGGUCCGCGCGCGCCUCCCGCGGCGCGCGCUGCAGAUCCAGUCGGGCUCCGUGCGCUUCGACUACCGCCACGGCAUCACCAACGCGGACUUCCACGCCGACCGGCGCGUGAGCAUCACCUUCCGCAUGAACAAGCACCCGGGGCAUCGAUUCGGGCGGAUGAUGGCCGGCUGGACGCCGUUGCGCGCCUGGUUGAUCGUCGCGACGCCCGCGUUGGACAGCCAGUACGCGUUCGUCGUGCCCGUCGCGGAGCCCGCAAAGCGCGGCGCGGCCUUGGCGUGGACGUGGGACGUGUGGAGCGUGGACCGCUCCGCGUACUUGGGGUUGAUGUCGGGCCGCUGCGUCUGCCGCUUCAUCUUCACGAAAUUCUGGUUCCGCCGCUUCGUGCUCAGCGCGCUCAGCGACGACGCGAAGCCCGACGUCAUCGACGAGUUCUUCCCGCGGUUCCGGCGCGACGGCGCCGCCGCCGCGGCCGACGAGUCGCCGGCGGCCCCGACGGGCGCCGCGCGCAUGAACACGGUCAACGCCAAGCUCCUCGCGGACAUCGAGAAGUCGAAGUCGCAGUUCCGCGUCGAGGCGCCGCAGGUCGAGGAGCGCGAGGACGUGGACGUGUCCGACGUGAGCCCCGUGCGCGCCGUGCUCAGCGGCGUCGCCGCCCUCGGCGCGGCCUACGUCUUCUGGCUCGGCGUCGGCUUCACGAGCGACGCGUUCGACGCGAAGCCCUUGGAGUCGGAGUUCUACCCCAUCAUGCGCAUCUCCAUGAUCAUGCGCACGGUCGUCCUCGGCGCGGGCACGCUCCUCACGGGCAUCACGGGCUUCGCCGGCGUCGGCCUCAUCGCCCUCGGGGCCAAGGUCGCCGUCGCGCCCGACGCGCAAAUACGCGACGACGGCGACGACGUCGUCCUGCCGUCCGAGGCGGCCCGGGACGCCGUCGACGAGUAA